AUGCCCGAUGGCCAUGGCCUGCCUGGUGGCGGUGGCGGCGGGGGCGGCGGCGGGAGCAAGAUCAAGGUCAAGACCAAGACCAAGGCCAAGGCCAAGGCCAAGACCAAUGCCAAUGGCAAGCCAGGCGCUGGGGGAGGAGGAGGUGGAGGCGGCGGUGGUGCGGGUGGUCCUGGCGGCGGACCGGCUGGUGGCAUUGUUGGCGGUGGCGGGGUCGGCGGCGAGCUCGGCGGUGGCUUGGACGAUGGCGGCGGGGUCGGCGGCGGCGGCGGCGGCGGCGGCGGGCGGGACGAGGUUGAGGUGGUGGAGAUCAGUGGCGGCGAGAUCGGCUGGCGGGGCGUGGGGCGGGUCGGCGGCGGUACGGGCGAUGUGAUCAUGAGCGGAUGGGUCAAGCUGCGGGGCACCUUUCAGCGGUGGAAGAACAAGUGGAUGGUGCUCAAACCGGGCAAGCUGCUGUUUUUCCGGCGGCCGACGUCGCGGAAGCACUCGGUCUACGUCUACAUUCACGGUUGCAAGGUGGUGGAGAAGCCGUCGCGGCGGCGCGGGUUCUCGUUCAAGAUCUACCACCCCCAGGGCCGCCGCAUCAUGUCCAAAAAGAUAGCCACCGACCACUGCGUCCUCCGGGUUCCGCUGCGGAAGGAGAUGGAAGCGUGGCUGGCAGCACUGCGAUCGGCCGUGGCCUACGCCGACGCGCAUCUGCCUCUGCCGUACCAUCCCAAGCACAACCAGUUUACGCUCCGCCACGGCAACCUUGCACUACUGGACAAUUCGCGGCGGGUGUCGAAUGGGAGUGGGGUCGGCGCCGCUACUCUUGGCACGUCUGGCGGACUGGCCAACGGCGAGAGCCGGGGUGGUGCCGGGGCUGGGGUUGGGACCGGUGGAGGCGAGCCGGGAGGCGGAUCCGGAGCCGGGUCGGCAGCGAGCGAGCGGUUGAGCUUAGAGCAGAGCCAGGGGGCCGAGAGCGCAGCGGCAGCUUGGCGAGCGCUGGCCAACACAGUGACGCCAAAGCGCGGUGAGACGCGGCUCCAGGCGUGGAUCCGGGUUCUUCACGCUGGCUACGUGCGGGCUCCGCUCGGGCUGGGCCGUGCGCUGCCGCAGGUCGAGGUCGCGCUCUCUGCCGAGCAGCUGGAGCUUGUGCGGCUUGCGAUUGGGCAUCUGCGGAACGGGGCGUCGCUGGACUCUGUCUCGCUCCCGGCGUUUGUCUACCAAGACCGGUCGCUGCUGCAGCGGCUGGGCGACCUCGGGCUAUCGUCGCCGUACCUUGCGUCAAUCAAGCAGAUCGAUUCUGCACCGCGGCGGAUGGUUGCGGUUGUGCAGUGGGUCCUUCACGUUCUCAACAUCAACGCAAUGGACGGGGCGCUGUUGCGGCUGCCACUUACGCCGCUGCCGGGCGAGGUCCACCGCGAGCUGUUUGCACUGCCGCGACCGACCGAUGACGACACCAGCCUCCCGGGCUCGCCGCCGCUUGUGACGCACUUUGUGGCGGAGCAUCUCGGCUCGUCGCCGCAUGCCACCGGAUUUUACAUGACUAACCGCGACGCCGGGUUUGUGGCCAACGGCUCGCUGGUCUUUGACUCGGUGUACAAGGGGUGGUGCGUCGAGGGUGGGCCGUCGAGUGCGUCUGUCAUUGACCUGAUGUUUCUGGCGCAUUCGGAGGUGUACACGGUGACGCUGCCUUUGAUGCGGGCCACGGGACUGCCGCUGGGAUCGGUGGCUGUUGACUAUGUGGGUGAGGCGAGUGUGGUGUGCCCGUCAUCGGGCCUUGCCGCGACGCUCAACUUUGAGUCGCGUGGCCUGUUUGGCGGCUCGUUCCACAACGUGUCCGGCCGGGUGGUCGAAGUCGUCAGCAGCGAGGCCGAGCGCGAGCGCGAGCGUGAGCGCGAGGGCGAUGGCGAGCGCGGUGAUGACGAGUUGCCUGUGACACCCGGGGGCGAGCGUACCGGGCCCGACUCACCACCGCGUGGCAAGACCCUCUUCACUCUGUCGGGCAAGUGGAACGACUCGGUCCGCGUGGAGCGCGACGUCGGUGAGGGCGGCGGCGACUCCGAGGCGUGGGAGCUCGACGUCUCGAAUGCCACCAUCCUUGCCAUGGCCGCCAACAUGGAGCGGUAUGGUGCGGCCGACGACAACUGUGCCGAGUUUGAGUCGGCCAAGGUGUGGCGCGAGACGGUGACGGCACUGCGCAACGGCAACGCCGUCGGCGCGCAGGCUGCCCGCGAGCGGGUGCAAGCCCACAAGCGGGCACCGGGCGCCGGGCGGGCACCGUCGCUGUUUGUCUCUCUUGCCGACGACGACGUGUGGGAGUACGCGUACGCCAACACGGUAGUGAGCCAUCGGGGUGUGUGCGAUCGCGAUCGUGGUGGCGGCGUCAUCCGCCCGUUUGCACUCACCGGCUCAUUCGCCGGCACCGGCUCUGGCGACGGAAUGGGUGACGGGUCCGAGGCCGACAACGGUGGCGACAUGCAUGGCGACGAGGACGAUGACGACGACGACGAGGUUGAGGACUCGGAGCUCUCACUCGAUUCAUCAGUAUCGUCAGACGAAGGAGCCGGUGGGCUGAUGCUGCGGGCGUACUCGAACGGCGGGCAUCGUGGACGGGCGCUGGCCCAGGUCCAGCGGCGAAUGGCCAAGCAGUACAAGGAGAAGGCGCGAUCGGGCACGGUGACGCCGCUCGAGUCAGCAGUCACACACGAUGUGCUGCGUCGGCUCGGCGAGCUCGAGCAGACGAAUCGGGAGCUUGUUCAGGGCAUGCGGGCGGCCGAGGCGGCGGCGCGGCGGCGAAGCCCGCGACAGUGGUUGGCCGAUGCUGGCGUGGUGGCGCAGCUUGUGCAAGUGUGCGUGCUAGUGAUGGUGGCGAUGAUGCUCGCGCGGCGCGAGGCCUGAGUUUGAUCAUAAAGGCAGGGAG